GGUUACCCAAACAUGCCCCAAAUGAAUCCUUGACACCACCCCACCAUGGCUUGUUCAUGCGCCGAUUGACACCUGAGACGACUGUUUGUCUAUUUCAGAGAGAUUGGGUGUUCAUCGUUCUUCUUCUCUUUCACUCGAUUCUUCAACUGAUUCGUCUCUUUCACUCCAAAAUCCGACCACCAUACCAAAUGAGUUGUAGGUUUUGAGAGUAUGGAAGAAUAAAUUUGGUGGGUUGUUGUUGAUAGUGAUUUUAGGGUUUGGUUGGGUUCUCAAGACAUGAUUUUUGAGAUAAAAAGUUAACGUUUUGAGGUGUUUGGGUGAGAUGGCAAACACCGGCAGGCAGGCCACUUCGGCUUCAAACAUCGAGCAGGAGACGAUGGAGUCUGAGGAUCCCAAAGCAACGAGAUCAACAAGACACCAGGCAGAUAAUGCAAAGGAAGAAACGAAUGGAAGAGCUUCUCCGAUCGGCUUAUUCUUCCGCCAAAGAUCAUCUCUCUCACUUCCCCCAUUACAACACUAACGGUCUAUCUUUAUUCCUUGAGUCUGGACGUGGUAAUAAACUGUCAUCCGAUUUAAAGAACUACAUUCAAAAGCUUCUUAAGGUGAAUAUGGAGGGACCAUAUGGAGCAGAGUGGCCCGCAGAGGAAAAAGUGAAGCGUAGAGAAAUGUCAUCUUCGGAAGCACUAUAUAUAUUUGUAUACAAUAAGGAAUCCGUAGUUGGAUUUGUACAUUAUAGAUUCACCAUUGAAGAGGAUGUUCCAGUACUUUAUGUCUAUGAAUUGCAGCUUGAACCGGCGUAUCAGGGGAAGGGUCUUGGAAAGUUCCUCAUGCAACUAGUUGAGCUAAUUGCGUGCAACAAUAGCAUGGGUGCUGUGGUGCUUACCGUACAAAAACAAAACACUUCUGCAAUCAAUUUCUACUUGAAUAAGCUAAGUUAUAAUAUAUCAAGCAUUUCUCCUUCAAAAGUUUAUCAGCUGAUGGGAGUAACCGGGCAAGAGAAGAGCUAUGAGAUUCUUUGUAAAACAUUUGAUGAUGAAGCUAAGGCGGUAUUAGAGGAAUCAUGACACAUGAUGUCCAAAGGAGUUGCUCGAAGUACCAACUAGCGCAGUCGUGUUUAACUAGAGAUAUUUCACCUUUUGGUUAUAUACAAGGUCGGAAAUUUGAGUCGCGGGUUCAUUCUUUAUGCCAAAAUGCAAGUGAAAGUGGCGGGUUACGUCUCUCAACAUUUGCAAAGAUGGUUGCACUUUUGUUUUAUGGUUCUUGUUGCACCGGGUGAUUAUGACUCAUUCGUGAAGAAAUGGACUGAUCUGGGUAAAACCUUUUUGCUUAUGAGUUCAUUUGACUGGUCAAUCUGGUUACGGGGACGUGGUCGUAAAACUGUGCUAAGUAGUAUGCAAACAAUGAUCAAAACUGGUAAAAACGUGAAUUCAUACCGUCAUGUGACGUAAAACAUAAGUAAAGA